AAAUUCUCCUAAAUACAUAUACAAAGUGCACAUAAUAAACUGUCACAAAUACACCUAUACAUUGACAUUAUUAUAACAACAAUAAUAACAACAAAAAAAAAGUAAUAAAAAUAAUAAAAAACGCUAGUGUCAAAAAUCUCUUUUUACCUCAUCCAGAUGAUGGCAUAUAAACUCGCGUUAUCAUCAUGUGUUAUAUUUAAAUGAAAAAAAAAAAAAAAGAAAAACCUGGGGUGGGGUGUUUAUGAUAAUAAAUAUUAUUUAUAUUUUUUAUUUUUCAUUGAUGUAUAAUUAUUGUAAAUGUGAUUAGUGUGAGACUGGAGUGAGUGAGGUAGAUCAAGAGGGUUGAAUGUUGAUUGUUGUUUGAUCUUGUUAGUGUUGCUUAAUGGAUAAUUAAAUAAAUAGUAAAAAAACAAUAAAAUAUAUAAAAUGGGUACACAAAAACCAGAAGAAUGGGCAAAUUUGCUCAUAGCAAGAUUUGAAGAUCAGCUACCAUGUCGUGCUGGUCAACAAUCAACAAAUACACGUUUAAACGAAGAAAAAAACCGUAAAUACCUCAUUAAAAUAUCACGUCAUCGUUUUUCACUAGUGAUAUCUGGUCUAACACGUAUACUUGAACGUGUUACAACAACAUUAAAAACAAUUCAUUGUAAUGAACAAGAAAAAAAUUGUUAUGAAUCAAUAAUAAUUGUGUUGGAUACACUGGAGCAAUGCCUGGCAAUACAGCCAAAAGAUUAUAAAGAAAAUAAAGAUGAAACAAUGAAUGUUAAAUUAUUAUUACGUGAAAUAUGCCAAUUUAUAAAUGUAUCUAAUGAAAAUAUUCAACAACAACCAAAUAUAAAAUUAUUAGCAAGUAAAGUAUUAUUUGCAUUGAGUUUAAAUUUUCCACGUACAGUAUUUAAUCGUAUAUCUGAUCAUUUACAAGAGCUAUCAGUUUGUAAUGAAGAAAAUGCUGAUUGUAGUGAUAUUGAAUUAAUACAACAUAUCAAUAUUGAUGUAUGUAAUUUAAUAAAAUUACUCGAAGAAAUAAUUCAAAAAUAUCGUUUAUUAAAAAAACAAGCACAUAUUGUAUUGAUAAAUUCACUUGAACGUGCAAUAUGCAAUUGGAUGGAUAUUUAUCCAACUGAAUUUGCUGAUAUACAAACAAAUCCAAAUGAAAAAUUAUCAAAAUUAUGUUGUGAAUUAUUUGAUAUACUUGAUAGUACAAUUGAUAAUAGCAAAAAAAAUAAUAAAACAACUUUAUUAUGGCCAUUACAAAUAAUGCUAUUAAUAUUAUCACCAAAAAUAUUAAAAGAAAUAAUUAAUUAUGAUAGCAAUAAUAAUUUAUCAUGUGCAACAAAGCUAUUAAAAAAAAAACAAUUUAUUGAUUGUAUUAAAAAAAAUAUAAGUACACAUGGUACAUCAAAUCGUCAUGCAACUGAAUCAGCCGCAGUAGCAUGUGUUAAAUUAUGUAAAUCAUCAACAUAUAUUAAUAAUUUAGAUUCAAAUAAUAAUGUUAUAUUUGUGCUUGUUAAAAGUAUUAUGAAUGAUUUAAUAAUAUUAUUAUUUAAUCCAACAAAACCAUUUACACGUUCACAAACAACAAUAACACAAGAUAUUGAACUAUUAAUUGAUUGUUUUGUUAGUUGUUUUCGUAUUAAACCACAUAAUGAUGAUAUUAUUAAAAUAUGUUUAAAUUUAAAUUCAUCACAAACAAUAUAUCAAUUUGUAUUAAUAAGUUCGCUGUAUAAAAUAAUAACACAACCAAGAUUAUUAUGGUGGCCAAAAAUUGAUAUAUUAUAUACACGUAGUUGUGAUCUACGUAAUUUAUUUACUGAUACAUUAAAUAAAGUUACACAAAAUUAUAUAUCACAUACACCAUUGAGAAUGAUACAAAGUUUAACAAUGAAAAGUAAAGAACAAUCUAAAAGAAAAGAACAUUAUGGUGGUGAUGAUAUAUCAAGUUUUAAAAAUUUAUUAUUAUGGAUGGUUAAAUUGAUACAUACUGAUCCAAUGUUGAUGCUUUAUAAUUAUGGUAAAGCUGGACAUGAAAUACAAUCAUCAACACUUGAAUUAAUAAAUGGUUUAGUAUCACUUGUACAUCAACCAACAAUGAAUGACAUUGCAAAUGAAGCUAUGGAAGCUUUACUUGUAUUACAUCAUCCAGAUAAAAUUAAAUCAUGGAAUCCAGAAUCACCAAUUAAAACAUUUUGGGAUUUUAGUUCACAAAUAUUAUUUUCAAUAUCACAAAAACUUAUACAACAUCAAAUUAUUAAUUAUACUGAUAUAUUAAAAUGGCUUAGACAAAUACUCAUUAGAAGAAAUGAAUUUUUGAUGGAAAAUAAAGAUUAUGCUAAUGUUGGAAGUCAAAUUAUAAUAUGUAAACAAGCACAUAUUAAACUUGAAGUUGUUUUUUUUAUGUAUUUAUGGAGUAUAGAUAUGGAAGCUGUACUUGUAUCUUUAUCCUGUUUUUCAUUAUUAUGUGAAGAAGCUGAUAUUAGAUGUGGAAGUGAUGAAGUUGCUGUUACAUGUUUAUUACCAAAUUAUCAUAUUUAUAUGGAACUUGCACAAGCAUCAACUGGUUUAACAACUGCUGCAGGACAAAGUAGAACAUUUUAUCAUCAAAAUAAUCAUGGAAGAGCAGCACUACAAAAAAAAAUUAUGGCAUUACUUAGAAAAAUUGAACAUUGUGUUAAUGGUGUACAACCAGCAUGGGAAGAGACAUUUAUAAAUUGGGAAUCAACUUGUCGUCAAUUAAUAAAUUAUCCAAAAAAUAAAACAGAAGAUGGACAAGUUGAAUCAUUUCAUCGUAGUACAAGUAAACGUCGUGCAUCAAAUCAAAUUGAACUUGAAGAACAAAUUAAUGAAUGGGCAAAUAUGACUGGUUUUUUAUGUGCACUUGGUGGUGUUUGUUUACAAAAAAAAUUACCAAAUAGACAAUUAACAACAACAUCAUUAUCAUCAUCAUCAUCAACAUCAACAACAACAUCAUCAUCAUCGUGUAUAUUAACAACAACAAAUCAAGAACAAAAAAAAAAUAUUAAUAAAAGCCAAGAAUCAUCAAAUAUUAAUAAUACAAAUCAUGAAAAUUUAUAUUGUCCAGUAACACAAUUUAUAUUUAAUUUAUUACGUUUGCUAAUAUGUAAUAAUGAAAAAUUUGGACCACAAAUACAAAAAAAUGUAAAAGAACUUGUUGGACAAGAAAUGUCACCUGCAUUAUAUCCAAUAUUAUUUGAUCAAAUUAAAAGUAUUGUUGAAAAAUUUUUUGAUCAACAAGGACAAGUUAUAUUGCUUGAUGUUAAUACACAAUUUAUUGAACAUACAAUAUAUAUUAUGAAAAAUGUAUUAGAAACAAAAAUUGAUCAACCAUCAGAAUAUUUAGGUAUAACAAGUAUUGAAGCAAUGACAUUGGCAAUUGUACGUUAUGUGCGUCAUUUAGAUACAAUAAUAUAUACAAUACAUAUUAAAACAAAAUUAUGUCAAUUGAUUGAGACAAUGAUGAAGAGACGUGAUGAUUUAGCAUUUCGUCAAGAAAUGAAAUUUCGUAAUAAAUUAGUUGAAUAUUUAACUGAUUGGAUUAUGGAUACAACACAUCCAAUAGUACCACCAAUACAACCAUCAUCAUCAUUGCUAUUGUCAUCCUCAUCAUCAUCAUCAUCGUCAUCAUCAACAACAGCAACAACAGCAUCAUCAGCAUUAACUACAACAGCAACAUCAACUCUAUCGUCAUCUAUAUCAUCAUCUGCAUCUGCAUCAGCAUCAGGAGCAGCAGGAGGAGUAACAGUAUCAGCAGGAGGAGGAAUAGCAUCUUCGUCAUCAUCAACAGCAGCAACAUCAACAACGACAAUAUCACAACAUGGUGCUGGUGGUGGUGGUAGUGGUGAUGUGACAAUAAUAACACGUGAUCUUGAACAAGCAUGUAUGGAAGCUGUUGGCUCAUUAUUACGUGGUUUACCAUUACAACCAGAAGAAUCAGAUCGUGGUGAUUUAAUGGAAGCAAAAUCACAAUUAUUUUCAAAAUAUUUUACAUUAUUUAUGAAUUCAUUAAAUGAUUGUAAUGUUAAUGAAGAAAAAGAAGUAUUAACACGUCAAAGAAUAACGAGUGAUAAUAAAUUAUCAUGUUUACGUAAUGCAACAAUACAAGCUAUGAGUAAUUUACUUAGUGCAAAUAUUGAUAGUGGUCUUAUGCAUUCAAUUGAUCUUGGUUAUAAUCGUGAUUUACAAACACGUGCUGCAUUUAUGGAAGUAUUAACAAAAAUAUUACAACAAGGUACAGAAUUUGAUACACUUGCUGAAACAGUAUUAGCUGAUCGUUUUGAACAAUUAGUACAACUUGUUACAAUGAUUAGUGAUAAAGGUGAAUUACCAAUAGCAAUGGCACUUGCUAAUGUUAUAACAUCAAAUCAAAUGGAUGAACUUGCACGUGUAUUUGUAACAUUAUUUGAUGCAAAACAUUUAUUAUCACCGCUAUUAUGGAAUAUGUUUUAUCGUGAAGUUGAAGUAUCUGAUUGUAUGCAAACUCUAUUUCGUGGUAAUAGUCUUGGUAGUAAAAUAAUGGCAUUUUGUUUUAAAAUAUAUGGUGCAAGUUAUUUACAAAAUUUACUUGAACCAUUAAUUUUACCCCUGAUUGAUAGUAAUAAUCAUGUAAAAUUAAAUUUCGAAAUUGAUACAUCAAGAAUUGAUAAUAAUGAUUCAAUAAUAAUUAAUGGUAAAAAUUUAAUAGCAUUAACACAAAAAGUAUUUGAUGCAAUAGUAUCAUCUGCUGAUAAAUUUCCAUCACAAUUACGUUCAAUGUGUCAUUGUUUGUACCAAGUAUUAAGUAAAAGAUUUCCUCAAUGUCCACAAAAUAAUAUUGGUGCUGUUGGUACUGUUAUAUUUUUACGUUUUAUUAAUCCAGCAAUAGUAUCACCACAAGAAAUGGGUAUUAUAAAUAAACCAGUACCACAUAAUAUUAAACGUGGAUUAAUGUUAAUGUCAAAAAUAUUACAGAAUAUUGCAAAUCAUGUUGAAUUUAGUAAAGAACAAUAUAUGUUACAAUUUAAUGAUUUUUUACGUUUACAUUUUGAAAUUGGACGUAGAUUUUUUAUACAAAUUGCAUCUGAUUGUGAAACAGUUGAUCAAACAAAUCAUCAAAUGUCAUUUGUAUCAGAUACAAAUGUUCUGGCACUACAUCGUUUAUUAUGGAAUCAUCAAGAAAGAAUUGGUGAUUAUUUAAGUAGUAGUCGUGAUCAUAAAGCUGUUGGUAGACGUCCAUUUGAUAAAAUGGCAACACUCUUGGCAUAUCUUGGUCCACCAGAACACAAACCAAUUGAUUCACAUUUAUUAUUUUCAUAUGCAAGAUGGUCAAAUAUUGAUAUGUCAUCAACAAAUUUUGAAGAAAUAAUGGUUAAACAUAAUAUGCAUGAAAAAGAAGAAUUUAAAAGUAUUAAAAAUUUAAAUAUAUUUUAUCAAGCUGGUACAAGUCGUCAGGGUUAUCCAAUAUUUUAUUAUAUUGCAAGACGUUAUAAAAUUGGUGAAACAAAUGGUGAUUUAUUAAUAUAUCAUGUUAUAUUAACAUUAAAACCAUUUUGUCAUUCACCAUUUGAGCUUGUUGUUGAUUUUACACAUACAUGCUCUGAUAAUCGUUUUCGUACUGAAUUUUUACAAAAAUGGUUUUAUGUAUUACCAAAAGUUGCAUAUACAAAUGUACAUACAUCAUAUAUAUAUAAUUGUAAUAAUUGGGUUAGAGAAUAUACAAAAUUUCAUGAUAGAAUAUUAGCACCACUAAAAGGUAAUAGAAAAGUUGUAUUUAUUGAUUGUCAAAAUCGUUUAAAUGAAGUUAUUGAACAAGAACAACAAAAGCUACCAGGUGCAACGUUAACACUUGAUGAAGAUUUAAAGGUAUUUACUGGUGCAUUAAAAUUAUCACAUAAAGAUACAAAAGUAUCAAUUAAAGUUGGUCCAUCAGCAAUACAAAUAACAUCAUCUGAAAAAUGUAAAGUUUUAUCACAUUCUGUAUUAUUAAAUGAUGUUUAUUAUGCAUCAGAAAUUGAAGAAGUAUGUCUUGUUGAUGAUAAUCAAUUUACCUUGACAAUAUCAAAUGAAGCUGGACCAUUAUCAUUUAUACAUAAUGAUUGUGAUAGUAUUGUACAAUCAAUAUAUCAUAUUAGAAAUCGUUGGGAGUUAUCACAACCAGAUACAAUGUCUGUACAUACUAAAAUACGUCCAAAAGAUGUACCAGGUACAUUAUUAAAUAUGGCAUUAUUAAAUCUUGGUAGUUGUGAUCCAAAUUUACGUACAGCAGCAUAUAAUCAAUUAUGUGCAUUAACAACAACAUUUGAUUUAAAAAUUGAAGGACAAUUACUUGAAACAUCUGGUCUUUGUAUACCAUCAAAUAAUACAAUAUUUAUAAAACAUUUAUCUGAAACAUUAGCAUCAAAUGAUCCACAUUUAACACUUGAAUUUUUAGAGGAGUGUAUGCAAGGUUUUAAAUUAUCAACAAUUGAAUUAAAACAUUUAUGCUUGGAAUAUAUGACACCAUGGUUAAAAAAUCUUGUUAAAUUUUAUAAACCAAAUGAUGAAAGUGGUGGUAAACGACAAAAACAAGUUAUUCAAAUACUUGAAAAGCUAAUAUUAUUAACAAUUGAAGAAGUUGAAAUGUAUCCAAGUAUACAAGCUAAAAUAUGGAGUACAAUUGGACAAUUACCAGAGUUAAUUGAUAUUGUGUUGGAUAAUUUUAUUCAUAAAAGUGUUGGUUAUGGUUUAGGUUCACCAAUGGUUGAAAUAAUGGCUGAUACUGCUGUUGCACUUGCAUCUGGUAAUGUACAACUUGUUGCUAAAAAAAUAAUUGGACGUUUAUGUCGUGUUAUUGAUAAAACAUGUACAUCACCAACACAAUUACUUGAAACCCAUACAUUAUGGGAUGAAAUUGCAAUACUAGCAAGAUAUUUAUUAAUGUUAUCAUUUAAUAAUUGUCUUGAUGUUGGUAAUCAUUUACCAUAUUUAUUUCAUAUUGUAACAUUUUUAGUAUGUUCAGGUAGUUUAUCAAUGCGUGCAUCAACACAUGGUCUUGUUAUAAAUAUAAUACAUUCAUUAUGUACAUGUAGUUCACCGUCAUUUAAUGAAAAUACACAUCGUGUUUUACGCAUGAGUCUUGAUGAAUUUUCAUUAUCAAAAUUUUAUUUAUUAUUUGGUAUUAGUAAAGUUAAAUCAGCUGCUGUUACAGCAUUUAGAUCAAGUUAUAGACAUUCACAUGAAAAAUGGUUUACAAAUGAAAAAACAACAACAACAACAACAACAGCGUCAACAACAAAUUAUUGUUCUGGUGAUCGUGAAAGAUUAUCAUUAAUUAGUUUAGAAGUUAUAACUGAUGCAUUAUUAGAAAUAAUGGAAGCUUGUAUGAUUGAUAUACCAAAAUGUGAUUGGCUUAAAACAUGGAUAUCAUAUGCUAAAAAAUUUGCAAUAGCAUAUAAUCCAGCAUUACAACCACGUGCAUUAAUUGUAUUUGGUUGUAUAUCUAAAAUAAUAACUGAUCAUGAAAUUAAACAAUUAUUAAGAAUACUUGUUAAAGCACUAGAAAGUUUUAAUGAUUUAACAUUACUUGAAGCAAUUGUUAUGUGUUUAACAAGAUUACAACCAUUAUUAAGACCAGAAUCACAAAUUCAUCGUUAUUUAUUUUGGAUUGCAACAUCAAUAUUACAACUUGAUGAAGCACCAUUAUAUGCAACUGGUUUAGCAUUACUUGAACAAAAUCUUCAUACAUUAGAUUCACAAGGUACAUUUGAUGAUAAAACACUUGAAAAAGUUAUGAUGACAACAAGAGAACCACUUGAAUGGCAUUUUAAACAACUUGAUCAUGCUGUUGGGCUAUCAUUUAAAUCAAAUUUUCAUUUUGCACUUGUUGGACAUUUAUUAAAAGGCUAUAGACAUCCAACACCAACAACUGUUACAAGAACAGCUAGAGUAUUAACAAUGUUAUUGGCUAUUGUUGCUAAACCAGCAAGACGUGAUAAAUUUGAAGUUACACCAGAAAGUGUUGCAUAUCUUGCUGCACUUGUUCAUGUAUCUGAAGAAGUUAGAAGUCGUUGUCAUGUUAGACAUUCAUUUGGAAGAAAUUUAUCUGAAUCAAAUAGUAAUGAUUUUUUAGAUGUAUUAUUACCAACUUGUGGAUCAUCUGGAUCUGGUGGUGAACAAACAACAGCAACAACAAUUAUUGGAAAUAAUAAUCCAACAAAUAGAAAACAAAAAUCAUGGGAUUUACUUGAUCAAACAGCUAUAUCAUUAGCAAGACAACAAAAAACAAAUCCACAAAAUCAAACUGGUAGAAUUUUAUUUAAAACACAACGUUCAUUUUCUGUGCCAACAACAAAAGAUGCUAAAACAACUAAUGAUGAAUCGGAAUCAAAGAAUCGAAGCACAAGAGUCAGUGUUAGUAAUGAAAAUAAUAUUCUACUUGAUCCUGAUAUAUUAACUGAUUUUUCAACUCAAACACUUGUAUUGACAAUACUAGCAACACUUGUUAAAUAUUCAACAGAUGAAAGUGAAACAAGAAUACUUUAUGAAUAUCUUGUUGAAGCAUCUGUUGUAUUUCCAAAAGUAUUUCCAGUAAUAAAAAAUUUAUUAUACGCUAAAAUAAGUAGUGUUUUAUUGACCAGUCAUGAUCAAGCAAUUGUUGGUUCAGUACAAACAAUAAUACAAAAUAUGAUUGCAUGUGAAGACACUGGUCAACAAUUGCAUUAUUUACAAAGUUGUGGUUUUGGUGGAUUAUGGAGAUUUGCUGGACCAUUUGCAAAAUGUAAUCGUACUGCUGAAAGUGCUGAAUUAUUUGUAAAUUGUUUAGAAGCAAUGGUAGAAAUGUGUCUUACAACUGAAGAUUGUGAUACAGCAGUAGCCAUGGAUUUAUCAUCAGACAAUAAUAAAAAUAAUUUAUCAAAAAUUAAAAAUUAUUCACAAAUUGAUACAUCAAAAGAGACGACUAGUGGAAGCAGAUAAUUCACAAAAAUACAAUGCUUUAUUUUAAAAAUAAAAUAGAGAUGACAAAUAAUAUAAAUAAACAGUUCAUUGUGGCUAUUAAAUAAGUGGAAUUAUACAAUGAAAAUUAAUCAAUUAUUUUUAAUUGAUAAUACAGAAAAUUAUAUUUAUUGAAAUAUACCAAGUGUAACAACAUGUACACACAACACACAGUAUCAUUCAGCACCGUCCACAUUAAAUGACAAAACAAGACUCCUACAAUAUCAAGAAAAUCAUUAUCAUAAUUACAAAAAAAAGUAUCUAUUAAUUUUUUAUUAUUACUAUUAUUUUAUACAUAAAACAGUGUAUGUUUUAUUUAUUAUUUAUUUUUUAUUCAUUCCAAGAAAAGAAAAAGGGUUUAAAUAAAUUAUUUAAAUUAUUUUUUUUAUAAUAUAAUUAAAUUUCAUGAAAAUAGUUAGUUAGCUAGUUAGUUUUCUUGUAAAAUUUGAUUUUUUAUUUUAAUUUUUUUGAUUUUUUUUUAACGUACCAAAGUUUGUUUUUGGAAAUUUUUUUUUUUUUCUAUUUAUUUAUUUAUUUUGCAUUUUAUAUUAUUAAUUUUUUGAAUAAGUAAAAAUAUGCUUAAGAUUUUUAGUUAGCUAGCAUUAUUAUUAUUAUGUUUUUUUUUUUUUCUAUAAUUUUAAAUGAUAAAAAUUGAUCCCAGUUGCGCGCGGCCUAUGAAAAUCUAAAUAUAUGUUGGGUACUGAUGAAUGAAUAAUCACAAUAAUGUGAUGAAUUUAUUACAAUAUAUUGAAAAAAAAAAAAAGAAAAAAUUAAUUUAAUAUUGUAAUAAUUAGCACCAAAAUUAUAUUAAAAAAUUUAUUUUAAAUUCUCAUUUACCGUAUGAGUAUUAUAAUCGUCGGUGCAUUAAUUUUAUUAUUGCAAAAUUGUUUUUUUGUUUUAUUUUGCUUUAUUAAUAUCCAAGGAAGACGGAUAUAAUUUUAUAAUAAAUUCAAAACGCAUAUAAAAAUUAUUUACGUUUAAAACAAAUAUCAGUACAAUAAUUUUCUUUUUUAGUCUGCUUUCUUUUUUUUAACUGUUUAAUUUGUUAAUAAUAAUUAACACGACGGCAGUGAAGAAAAUUGUAUCGAGUCGUCGCAAAUAAUGUUGUUAGAUUAUAUUUGAAAAAAAUAUUUUAAAUUAAAUUUAAAUAACGCAGAACACCAAGAUCGCAGGCGAACUUUUCAAUCGAUUUAUGUGUAUUUAAGAUUAUUUCAAUGAGUGUUAUGAAAUAUUUUAAUGUUAUUAUAUACCAGUAAUUUCGUGUUCUAGUUUCAAUGUACUAAAAAAAUUCAAGAAAUCAGUGUAAUAUUUGCGAAAAAAUAAUUGUCAAAAAUAUAUAUAAAAAAAAAAAUCAUUUAAAUUAAAAUAAAACGAAAAAAAAAAAAACUAUCAACUAUUUUUUUACACAUAUUUUUCAUUUCUUUUUUAAAAACCUAUAUAUAUACCUAUAUAAUUUCAAGGAAAAAAAAUAAAAAAAAUUACAUUAAUUAAUAUCUUAAUUAUAUUUAAACGCAUAUCACGCGUUAGAAGGCAGAAAAAUUUUUAUUUAUAAAUUAAAAUCCAUCGUGCAAUUAAAUUAUUAUUUUGAUAUUUUCUUAUUUUUAAAAUUACUUGAUAAUUGCGCUAUUUUUUUUAGUCAUUAAUAUACAAAUGAUGAUGCCAAUGAAAACUUGUUUUUCUAAAAAAUUUUACUAUUAUUUUCUUUUUUAAUUUUAUUAUCAAAUCCAGAGCCUAAAAAUAAUCGUGCAUUCUAUUCAAUUGUCUCAAUGCAAAAGUAACUAUCGUGAAGAGAAAAAAGAAUAGAAAUUUUAUUAAAUUAUUUUUAAUUUUCGAGUAAUAAAUAAUUAUUGUAUAGCGAAUUUUCGACAGAGCAAAGCAAUUAUUACAAAAACCAUCACAAAUUAUCAAAAAAAAAAAUAAAAAUUACCACGAUCCUACCGCGUUCUCUCUCAGUUUAUAAAUAAAUAGCUCAAAAAACAUAAACUGAUUUAUCAAAAUUCAUUUUAAAAAAAUAGAAAACAUUUCUUUCAAUUAAUUUAUUACUAUAUAUAUUUUUUUUAAUCAAUUCAAUUAGUAGUUUUUUUUCUUGGCUUUUAAAUAAAUUUUUUAAAUUGUUAAUAAGCAUCGAGUGUGUUAUUUUUUUUUACACUCAUUAUUACCACACAACACUCACGAAAAAAAAAAAUAAUAUAUAUAAGAAAUUUGAGUGCUUCAAGUACAAGUUUAUGAUAAAAAAAAUAGUGUGAUUAUUUAUUUAAAAAUAAUAAUAAAAAUUAAUAUUUUUUACACACACACAUAUAAUAGUAAUUGAUUUUUUCUUUUUUUAAUUAACAAGAGGGAUGCAUGAGAAUCUGUGUAUUUUUUUUUAAAUUGUUUUUCAUUAUUAUUGUUGUUUUUCGUUUACGGAAUACAUGAGUAUCAUACAACCGUUAAUUUUUAUGUUAGUGUCAUCGCAGUACAAUAAUAAUUAUAAUUUAA